CCAUCAUCAUUAUUCGCUGCCUCUCCCCCUAUUUAAACCGCUGCAAGUCAAAACAUUCCUCCAAGUUUCUUCCUCCAUACCUUCCACUUUCCCCUUCCCACUCAUCCUCAUCCAUCAAAAUGCUCUGUUUCAGACUCCAAACCUUUGCUCUCUCAAUCUUUCAGCUGUGUCUUUUGUUAAUCGUUGCUUCCAAUGGGCAGCAGCUCCAAUUUGGAUUCUACUCUCAGAGUUGUCCUAUCGCCGAAAUGACCGUCCGUCUCACUGUCCAGCAAGCCGUGCAAGCUGACAGGGCCGUCGCCGCCCAAUUGCUCCGCCUCUCCUUCCACGAUUGCUUUGUCGAGGGAUGCGACGGGUCGAUUUUGCUGAACACACAAGACGGCGAGAGGCAGGCGCCGGGGAAUGCAGGGCUCGCCGGGUUCAAUGUGAUAGAAACCGCCAAAUCACGGCUCGAGUCGCUCUGCCCCGGCGUCGUCUCUUGCGCGGACAUUCUGGCUUUAGCUGCCCGUGAUGCUGUUGCCUUGAGCAACGGACCGGAUUAUGCCGUGCCGACGGGAAGAAGGGACGGCCGGUUUUCCAGUCGGACCCUCGCCAACAAUUUGCCAGAUGUCAAUGAACCAAUUGAAGUUCUCACCUCCAAAUUCCGUGCCAAGGGAAUGUCCAUCAAGGAUUUCGUCCUUCUCAGCGCAGGGGGGCAUACAAUUGGGACGACGGCGUGCUUCUUCAUGCCCAAAAGGCUCUACAACUUCACCGGCCGGAGCGACUCUGACCCGGCCCUGAAUCAACAGUUCCUGCCGCAGCUCAAGUCGGUGUGUCCCCCCGGCGGCAACGUCGACCACCGGCUGGCUCUCGAUUGGUCGUCGGCUUUCAUUUUCGACGACCACAUCCUCCGGAACAUCCUGAACGGCUUCGCUGUCCUGGCGUCGGACGCGCGGCUGAUGGACGAUCGGCGGGCCAGGCGGGUGAUGGAGUCCUACGUCGGCGGAGGUCAGACGGCGUCGUUUGGAGCAGAUUUUGCUGAGGCGAUGGUUCGGAUGGGGAACAUCGGGGUUAAAACGGGAUCGCAGGGUGAAAUUAGGCAAAUAUGUAGCCAAGUUAAUUAAUUUUUAAGGAAGAAGAAUUGAUGUUCUUUGCGUCUGUAAAAGUUGAAAUUGUUUACAGCUAAGCUAAGCUGCUGGUAAGGUGUCAAUAUUUAGAGUGCGAGCCAGAAAGGUUGGGUUCGAUCUAUGGAAAGUACCAUUUGUAGUCAUGUUUCGUGAAUAAUAUCAUUAAUUAAUUAAUUUGGUAUGUUUCGUAGAUAGGAAAAUAACAUUUGUAAGUAUCUAAUGUUAAUUAAGUUGUUAGCUAUUCUGUUCAGCCAC